AUGGGCCGCGGCUCGCCGCCGCCCGCGCCGGCCACUGCGCCCAGUGGCGUACGCUGGCCACGUCGUGCGGCUGCCGCAGGCGCCUCCCGCCCGCCAUCUGUCGGGAGCGUGGGUACUGGCCUGGGACUGCCGCCCGCAUUCGCUACGCCGCCAACAGGUGGCUCUGCGGUGCGGGUGGGCAGUGGCAGGCAGGCUGCCUCGCUCGCCGCGACCGUUGGUGUUGUCAUUCACGGCGCAGCCGCGCCGCCGGUUGACGCACCAAAGGCCGCGCGCCCGGCGGAUGCACCGGAUGGUGUGGUGCUUGUGCGGUCGCAGACGUACACGCGCCGCGUUUCCUCUGCCCUGCCGGCGGUUACGUCGAGUGACGCCCGUCACUCCGUCUCCGCUCAGGCAGGGAGUGCUAUUAACUCAAAAGCUCCUGUUGCAGAUCAUGAGUGGCACGUAGUCACCCCAAGGAGGGACAGACGCCGUGCUGCAGGACGCAGACCACCGCCCCCGGACCGACGGCGCAUCAUACCGCCCAGUCCGCGUAACAGCGGCCCGGCGCGAGCCAACGCGCCUGGGCGGCCGGCGCGAGCUACACCUCGUGUAUCUCGCGCCGGCGGCAGGGCGCGGGCGACCGCUGGGCCAUCUGUUGGCGGCGCGGCGAACAACAGCCGCAGUGCGCUGGGCCCGAGCGCCAGGCCGGCGCGAGCUACACCUCGAGACGCCCGGCCGGCGCGGGCUACACCGGCCACCCCUACGACCACUGCGCCAUCUGGUAGCGAUCGUCGGGCACCCAGUCCGCGUAACAGCGGUCCGGGGCGAGCCGGCGCGUCCGGUCAGCCGGCGCGAGCUACACCCCGUGUUUCUCGCGCCGGCGGCGGGCCGCUGGCGACCGCCGGGCCAUCUGUUGGCGGCGCGGCGAACACCAGCCGCGGUGCGCCCGACCCGAGCGCCAGGCCGGCGCAAGCUACACCGGCCCCUGCUGCUACCGCUGCGCCACCUGUCACCAGCGCGGCGACCGAGAGCAGCACUGAGCGGCCUACGCCAGAUGGCAGCACGGCACCACCACCGACGCAGACGACGGAGCGGCGCGACGUGAACGGAGGGACUGCAGCUGCGUCUCCGAGAACUGGCAGCAAGAAGAGGAGACGCCGACGCCGUAACAACCGGCCCAGUCCCAACCUCCCGCCGCAAGGCUCCCGUCCUACACCAGACCUGACAGGCCCCCCUGUACCCUCCGAACAGGGCGCAACUGAGGCAGCUCCGCCCCCCCUUCCCCCGGCGGACACUCGGCUAACGGAGAGGCAGCGGCGCUGGCUGGCGGCCCUGGAGAGCGUCCACAACCAACCGUGGGACGCAUUCGUCGCGGUCGUCGAGGACUUCAUCUCCGAGAUCGCCGAGACGAAGCCACAACGCCAGGCAGCCGGAGGUCGACAGGAUGGGCCACCAGCAGCAGCGCACCGCGGCCAGGGCCGCGCCGACGCUGCUGCCAAUCCCCCUCCCCCUGCCCCUACACGCGGCCGCGAUGCACCAGCUGCUGUCCCGGACUUUGCCGCCACCACACCUCCUGAUGUCAGCGAGGACGUCCUGCUGCCGAUCACACCUUCAGAGGUGCAACAGCGGCUCCAGAAGGCGAGCAAUACUGCUCCUGGGGCAGACGGAGUCACGUACUCGGACUUGCGACGUGAGGAUCCUGGCUGCCACGUGCUAGCUAAGAUCUUCUCGCGCUGCUGGAAUGAGCGGAAGACUCCGGUGCAGUGGAAAAUAUCCACUACCGUCCUCAUCCACAAGAAAGGGGACGUCUCGGACGUGACAAACUGGCGGCCUUUAGCAUUGAGCUCUACCAUCUCUAAGCUCUUUGCUGCAAUCGUUGCGGACCGCACUUCCCUCUGGGCGGAGCGGUUGAACCUGCUCUCCCCAGAACAGAAGGGCUUCCGCACGUUUGAAGGCUGCUACGAGCACAACUUCAUUGUGCAGACGGCAAUUGAUGAUGCAAGGCGCAGGGGAGGCAAGCAUGCUUUGCUUGGCUUGAUCUAG